CCGGCGCACCCACCGCGCUCUGCCACUUGUACCCAGUCCGAGAGCUUCAGCAUGUCGGAGACCGCUCCCGCCGCUCCCGCCGCCGCCCCCCCUGUGGAGAAGGCCCCGGUGAAGAAGAAGGCGGCCAAAAAGCCUGCAGGGGCGCGCCGCAAGGCGUCCGGGCCCCCGGUGUCCGAGCUCAUCACCAAGGCCGUCGCCGCCUCCAAGGAGCGCAGCGGCGUGUCCCUGGCCGCGCUCAAGAAGGCGCUGGCGGCCGCCGGCUACGACGUGGAGAAGAACAACAGCCGCAUCAAGCUGGGCCUCAAGAGCCUGGUGAGCAAGGGCACCCUGGUGCAGACCAAGGGCACCGGCGCCUCGGGCUCCUUCAAGCUCAACAAGAAGGCGGCCUCCGGGGAAGCCAAGCCCAAAGCCAAGAAGGCGGGCGCGGCCAAGCCCAAGAAGGCGGCCGGGGCGGCCAAGAAACCCAAGAAGGCCACGGGGGCGAGCACCCCCAAGAAGAGCGCCAAGAAGACCCCCAAGAAGGCCAAGAAGCCCGCGGCGGCGGCUGUCGCCAAGAAAGUGGCCAAGAGUCCGAAGAAGGCGAAGGCUGCCAAGCCCAAGAAGGCCACCAAGAGCGCAGCGAAGGCUGUGAAGCCCAAGACUGCCAAGCCCAAGGUUGCCAAGCCCAAGAAGGCUGCACCCAAAAAGAAGUAGGUGACUGAACGUCUGCUUCUAAAACCCAAAAAGGCUCUUUUCAGAGCCACCACUGUCUCCGAGAAAGAGCUGAACAUUCUUCACUCACCCUUCUCUUUCCUCUUUCCCUUAAGCUCUGGAAGAGGGUUGCGGGGAGGUGUGGUUGGCAAUUAAGGGCUCGCGCCCACCGGAAGGGGGCGGAGGGGGUCCCUGUGCGCUCCCGUGGGCCCGUCCCCUGCCCUGCGGUGCAGGGGGUAGCCUCCCCCGCGGCCGUGCGGAAGCGCUGUCCCGAGGCGCGCGCUCGUCCGCCAGCCCCGCCCCGCGCCCGGUGCAUAGAAAACAAGCUCCAACCCAGCCAGCCAGACUGUCUGCAGGGAUACCCCGAUUGGGUUGGAAAGUCAUUCAAAAGUCCCGCCUGCUCGCGGGUUGGCCCGCUCCUCCAGCCCCUGGUUUUCGUCGUGCGUUUUAUUGGGUGGCGUCCGGCCUUCUCUGUGUAUUCUAUGUGUGUUUGGCUUCUAGUGGGUUGAUCUGGGCUUUUCCGGUUGAUAAGGAGGUGUGUAUCUGGCCUUUCGGACACUUCCCAUGUUUUGGAAAAUCAAGCCGGCGUGUCCGGGGCAGCGCCGGCCCGGGAGGAGAGGGGCAGGCGCCCGUGCCCCGCGCUCUUGUGUGCAAGCCCGUGCGCCGCGGCCACCAAGUACCGCGUCUGGAAAGACGCGCAGCGGCGACCCUGCCCCGGCGCACUGCUGGACCGGCGCCUCCUGUUCCUCGCCCCGUGCGUCUUUGGACGGAGGCGUGACGGAUUCGAGUGCAUCAAAAACAACUUUUCGUCGGCCAUUUUGUCCUGGCGGCGGGUCACGAGCGUCGUUUCAGGCAGACGUCAACAUCACCGGAGACGUUUGAAGGCAUGGCGGCGCGGUCCCCACUCCAACAGUUUCGACGCGAGGACAGAAUACGGGUAAACUGUUGGAAACGUAGGCGUGUCUGGGGGUGGUCUCUCUGAUGAGGGGCUUUCGUUUAUAGUCACGGUGUUCUCUGUGGGUUCUUUUAUAUUCGCGGCGUUUCUUCUGGACAGAGAAAGUCCUAGUCCUGUUUUUACUCUGGCGCACACAUAUUUUCUUGAGACGAGUUCCCGGAAUAGGGGCUUCUGGGACCUGCAGCUCAGCUCUUCGUUGCCAAGAUGACGAAUCCGCAUUCGUUCCCCCCUUACUGGUAGUGACCACGAGUGUCAUCCCUGCCCGCACCGCCCCUCCCAACACAGUGGGGACGCUUCAAUGUCCCUUGUGAGUAGAAAGACCUCCGCUUUGAGGGCGCAGAGCGCGCGCGCACCCACCAAGACAGAAUUUUCCCAUGGUUUCUUCCAGUAAUUUUUGUCCUGUUAAUUUCACAUUUAAAACAAUUGAGCCUCUAUUUUGUUGUAAGGUUUAGUAAAUGUAUACAACCCUUCCGUGUCUGCCCCCUCCCCCAUUUUGAGAGGCCGCCUUUAUGUAGGCUAAAUACCGUGGGUAGGUGGAGUAAUUCUUGGUUUUCUACUUUGUUCCCUUGAACUUUCUUGGCCAUACCUCAAGUGUGAUCACACUGUUAAGUAUUGUUCACAGGACUAUUUUCAAUGCUGAGAAUAUAUGAUCUAUAGAAGGUAUUAAAAUAAAAAUGGAAUGUUUAAUAAACUGAGAUGUUAUGACUAAUAGCUGAUAAAGCU